AUGGAAGGGAGAGGACUCCGGCAGCAGCCCGGCUUCGCGUGCGAGGAAUGCCGGCGACGAAAAGCCCGGUGCGACCGGGGGCGUCCCAAGUGCGGCUUCUGCACCGAAACUGGGACAACAUGUGUGAUUGUUGACAAGAGGCAACAGAGGGGGCCAAAAAAGGGGCAACUGAAUGCGAUGCGAUCGCAAAUCGCGGCGCUUCAAUGGCAACUAGAGCAGCAAUUUGGAUCCGACUCCGGCGGCGGGCCGAUAAUACCGAAGCAAACUACCCCCGAGGAGGAACCGAAUCCCCCACGAGCCGAAAACCAUGCCGUGUCUAUGGACUAUGAGGUUACCCACAAGGUCGCGUUGGAUGGAGAGCCAAACGGCCCAAACCUUAUUCUCAGCAGUGUAACGUCGGCGGCCCCGAGUACAACUACAACAACGACAUCAUCAUCAUCAAUAACCUCGACAGGUGCCAGUUCCGAGCCCACGAGCGCCAUUGUUGACCUCGCUGUAUGGGCACAUUGUAUGGAUUGGCAAGACCUCGAUUGUGUCUUGUUGCCGCCCGACGCACCGGAAACCAUACUCAUGGACCACUCGGAUCGUGUCGAUGCAGGUCCCGGAUCGAUGACUGCGCCGUCCGAGCUGACGGACCUCAUGCGAGUUGACCUGGACCAACUUUAUUUUGACCGGGUGCAUCCAGUAUGCCCCAUCAUCCACCGGCGUCGUUAUUUUGCCUGGGCGGCCGAGGAAAAUCCCGGACCAGCCCGGGCCUGUCUACGAUCUGCUAUGCGUACCAUGGCGGCGGCCAUGUCGGCGCACUGGGGUGAUCUCGUCGACCGCCUCUGCGCCGAGACGCGCCAUCUGCUCGAAAGUCAUAGCCAGACACGAGUCACAUCCAAAGACGAAAUCCCCCUCGAACACAUCCAGGCGUGGUUACUCCUAGCCUACGCUGAGCUCUUACGAUUUGGCGAACACCAGGCCAUGCUCACGGCCGGCCGUGCAUUCCGGCUCGUGCAAAUGGCGCGCUUAUACGAUGCCGAUGCCCACGAUGACGCGCAGACUUCUCCCGGGGGUACGAAUCACGAGCCGGACGAGGGUUUUAUAAACAGCGAAGAGAGGAGACGAACGUUUUGGUUGGCCUUUAGUUUUGACCGUUUUCUCUGCCUGCGGAGCGAGUGGCCGUUGACUUUGCAGGAGGAGAUGAUACGCACGCGGCUGCCAGCACCCGAGGCAAACUUCCAAAACGGCCAACCCAUCUACGUCAGUUUUCUUCCCGCAGCCACGGCACAAAACGAGCCGAGCACUUUAUCACCCUUUGCCGAAUGCACCGUUCUGGCGGCGCUAUACGGACGCUGCAUGGCCCACCGCCGGGCCUCCGUAAAAGAAAGCGGCACCAAACCCCCCUACGACUUCUGGACCCAUCAAGAGUGGCUCGCAUCGGCCGUCGAAAAGCGAAUCCAGAUGCUAGCACCCUGCGCGGCGGUCGACAACGAGCCCAUGCUCCUGUUCGCGCACAUACUGGCGCAGAGCGCCGUCGUGUUCCUCAGCAACACGGUGCAGCGGGCCUCGUGGCACACGCUCGAGCCGCAGGUGGUGGCGGCCGCCUACGAACGCCGGGCCGCGGUGGCCGCGCUGGAGAUUGUGCGUCUGGCCCGGGCGGUCCCCUCGCUCAGCUGCUUCAAGGUUCACCCCUUCUUGCCUGAUGCGCUCACAUCCGCGGCCGUGUUUCUGUCAGCGCGCUGCAACUCGGUGGUGGGUGCCAGCGGGGGGGUGGAGCAGAUACGCCGGGUGUUGAGAGAUGUGCAGGUGAUCAACAGUUUAGCACGCGAACAUUAUGAAUCAUUAAAAUUGGCUAGGCAUGGAUAG